UGGGUGGUAUCUAUUCUGGAAAUGUACCUGGCAUUACAGCACAGCAUCUGGAAUGGGUUCAUCAAAAGACCCUUCAAGUUCUCCAAGAAAUGGCAUUCUAGUUUUCUGGCAGAUAACUUAUAUUCCGAUGCAGUGCCAAGCCGUUUUUGCCAAGUUCAGGUGUCGUUGCUCCUCUCCCUGCUCUCGAUGGUGGCGAUUUUUUUGGAGAAUCAAUAUCCACCCCAAGUUUAAGCUUUUCUUCUGGAGGACGAUAAAUGAGGGCCUCUCUACAAAGGACAUUUUAUCUAAAUGGGUGGAUAUUGACCCUCAUUGUUAUUUUUGCCACUCCCAGAAAGAGUCUGCCUUCCAUAUUCUGUUUGAAUGUGAUCUUGCAAGGAAGGUUUGGGCCUUAGGCACACUAGGCCUUAAACCAGAUACACUACCUUGCAAUUCAGUCAAAACUCUAGUAUCAUGUUGUUUUACAUCAGGUCUAAUCCCAAAAAGGGAUCUGAAAUGGUUUUUUUCUGUAAUAAUAAUAUGUUAUUUCCUAUGGAACCACAGAAAUAAAACCCUGUUUUUAGAACAAAAACUUGAUAAACCCGAUAUUCCAAGUAUCAUUCAUCAACUUGAGUACUGGAUAGCAACCAGUAUCACACACAAUUCGCUGGAGCCCCAGGUGAUAUCUAUCCCUACUCAAAUCACAAGCCCUACCCCACAUGACAUUAAUCUUCUUAUUGUCACUAAUGUACAUGACAACAAAACAAAUAUGUCAGUUUGUGCUAUUAUUUUCCUCUCUUAGAGCACUGAAAUAUUAUGGGAAUCUAACUAUGUCUUGACAGGAAACUGUGGUGAAGCCGAGGCAUUAGGCCUCUUGAAGGGGUUGGCAUGGGCGAGAUCUGGUUGAUGGAAGGUGGACAACAUCUGGAGCGACGCUAUGGAGAUCAGACUUUUUCUAGACAAGCAGUUUAAGAAAUUAGUAGAUUUAUGGCCUAAAACUUUAAUCAUGGUAUGUCAUGAAUUGGACUUCUAUAGUAUCCCACGUUCUGUAAUAUUAAUAACCGUAACCUACUAGGACGACUUAAAUCUAUUGCAUAUAAGACUCCAAUUACUAGGACUCCACUUAUCAAAUCAAGACAACAUGUAAUUAGCCUUCUAUUAUCUAAUAUAUGUUUUUCUUUUAGCGGAAAAAAAAAAAAAAAAAUCUCAUGUAUGCUUGUGCAUGUGUACUUGUUUUCUAGACAUAAUUGUGCACCUUCCCAAUUAUGGGAGCCAAUAGAUGGCCAGUUUAGAUUGAAAAAAACAUAAAAAUGUAUAGUUCAUAUUUAUAUUGUGAUUUUUGGAAACAUUACCUUCUACCGUUACUUGGAUAACUAUACUAAUAAAUAAUAUUAAUUUUCAAAACUUUGCAAAUAGUUUUACCAAAAUGCCACUAGAUCCAAAUUUAUGCCCAUCAAAUAUAGACAUUAUCUCUCUUCGAUAUUUUCCCAAUUAGACUAGUGGAUUCCAUCUUGGGUAUCUAUUUUAAAUAUGGCUAUUCACUGUGAAUUUAGUACAUUGAUAUAUAGUCAGGAAGAUAUCAAACAAUAUGUAACAGAAUUGAUAAAGACCCCUCAAUUGUACACUACCGAUGAGAAUUUCAUUCCAAAUAAAUUGAUAGCAAGACAUGCAUGAUUCUCGUCUCAUCCAAUUAAAUAUACACACAAUAUGUACAUUUGUAGUUGUGCCCUAGAAUUUCCAUAUAUAAGUACACACAACAGGGUGUUUAUAUUCAUAGCUCUCUAAGAGCCUAUAUAUAUAUAUUUUUUUUGGGGUGGGGGGUUGGUAAAUAUAAAGUUAUAUAGCAAUAGAAAUUUGAGUUGGGCUCUUAAACGGUUGAAACUCAAAGAUGAAAAAGAUGAACCGCUUGCAUUUGAGUAAACACACCGGUUUUUGGUAAAGCGUUGCAAUAUGAACCCUAUUUCAUUUUGGCGGGAAUACAUUUGGUAGCAGUUUAUUCAGAA